AAUAUUUUAUAAAUAAUAAUAAUAAUUAAAUAAAUUUUAAACAGUGCAAUAUGACGUUCACAAAACAAAAUCAUUUAUCUAUUCCUUUCACUUUAUCUAAGGUAUUACAAGGACACGUAGACCAAUAGUCGUAAUAAUAUUAUUAGUAAAAUAACAAGCGGUAGAGACAAAUCAUCUAAAUUUAAAAUAAUAAUAAGUAAUAAUAAUUAUUUUAUUAAUAAUAUAUAUUGAACUUUGUAAUGUAUAUGAUUUAAUAAUAAACUUAAGACUCGUGGCACGUAAAAUAUAAUGAUAGCGGAUCAUCAACGUCACUGUCGUGAAGAUACUUUCAGUGGCUUAUCAUCACUCUCAGCCACUUAGUCCAAAUGAGUGAUAAAAUGAAUAAUCGUAAAUCAAGACGAGACUCCGAUGUAAUUAUUUCAAAUUAUAAUCACAAAGAGUUACUGUUUAAAUUUCUUAUCAUCGGUGAUUAUGGAGUAGGUAAAACUGCGAUCGUGAGAAGAUAUACGGAAGGAAAAUUUUCGUCAAAUUAUAAAAUAACAAUAGGUGCUGACUUUGCAAUUAAAUCACUUGACUGGGAUCCUCAUACUAAAAUAAAUUUGCAAUUAUGGGAUAUCGCUGGUCACGAAAGAUUUGGAUAUAUGACACGAGUUUACUAUAAAUAUGCGGUCGCAGCUGCUCUAGUUUUCGACAUAUCGCGAGUAGCGACAUUCCAGUCUGUUAAAAAAUGGUUAAAUGAUCUACGAGAGAAGGUCAUUUUACCGGAUGGUUCUAGUAUUCCGAUUGUUCUGUUAGCUAAUAAAUGUGAUAUACAACAUGUAGCUAUUCCUACUGAACAAAUUAUUAAAUUUUGUAAGGAAAAUAAAAUUUCAAAAUGGUACAUCACAUCCGCUAAGGAAAACAAAAAUAUUGAUGAAGCAAUACAUUAUUUAGUAGAAAAUGUGUUGAAAGCUAAGAUAGAGGAUGAAAUAAAAGAUUCAAUAAAACUCCGUGGUGCUCCACUCAUCAGUGAAAAAAGUGGAUGCUGUAAAUCCUGAAUUAUGUGAAUAAAUAAAAACAACACACAUCCAUAAAUCAUGAGACUUUAAAAAAAAAAAAUAAGACUUUAGAAGUAAAAUAAAACAAAUCAUAAAUAGUUUUUUUUAUAUAAAUAAUUUAAAAUGGAAUUAAUUUGUAAACUAAAAAAUAAUUUACAUAUAUUUUUCAUUCCAUAACAUGUUGAUAAUUAUGUUAUACUUUAAUACAUAAUUAUCAUUGAGAUAAAACAUGAGUUUGCUGGAAAAUAAAGUGAAUAAUUGCUCACAAC